GAGUUGCACAAGGCCUAUAUGAACGUGUUCGUGUCGCGUGGUUGUUGUUGUGAAGGCUUUCGUUCUCCAGACUCUUGAGUGGCCAACCAUGAAACACGCAAUAUUUUCUUUUCGAUGAAUAGGGACUGUUCAACGGAGGAUGGUUGGCUGAGGGAAGUGAACUGGUUCGGUGAAUUUUCGAGGGAAACAUGGGUGUUUCGAUUUGGAGGAGGGCCUUUAGAUCCAGUAUGUAUCCAUACAAAACAGCGACCAACAACAACAAGAGACCGUUGAACAGGAUAGACAACAGCAACACAUCAACAGAACAACAACAACAACAACCUAAACCGACCGGAAAACUAUCCUCGCUCUCAAGACAAUGGUCAUCAAACGAACCUCAGCCACCAAAGAACCUACCAUCCUCCCAACCACCACCGCAAUCAUCCUCACAACCUUCCUGGCAACUCGACCAAGAAGAAUGGCCCCCAACACCUCCUCAACCUGACCCUCCAUCCAAAAAACCAAAGCCCAAUAAUAACAUCUCCUACCCGACCUCGGCCAUCAGAUAUCCUCCCCAAAAUCAGAACAAUCAGAAAAACACCCUGGAAAGGACGACCUCUGCUAAUAAGGCCCUUCCUUGGGAACUUCCCGCCCCGCAAAAUCCAAGAAAUAACAAUCAGAUCAACGGCUCUUCGUCUUCUUCUUCCAGUAAAAGUGUCGCGUUCAAUCAGCUUCAAGGGAUCGGAAAACAGAACAAAUCAGAUGCGAUUAUCAAGAGUCAUUUGAAUAACCCCAACAUGAGCAUUGCUGCCAAGGUAUCAUUAUCACCAGAACAACAGAGCGUGUUAGACCUAGUUCUGAAAGGAGAGUCGAUUUUUUUCACCGGCUCAGCGGGGACGGGCAAGUCGGUUCUAUUACGACACAUCAUAGCGGCACUGAAGCGGUCGUAUUCGAGUCGGCCGGAUGCGGUGGCGAUCACGGCGUCGACGGGGAUGGCCGCCUGUGCGAUCGGCGGGACGACCAUCCAUUCGUUCGCCGGCAUCGGCCUCGCUCUCGAACCUAAAGAUAUCCUCCUCGGUAAGGUCAAACGUAAUCGCAAGGCCGCCGGCAAAUGGAUGCGUACUAAGGUCCUCAUCAUCGAUGAAAUUUCUAUGGUCGAUGGGGAAUUGUUUGAUAAAUUAGCUUACAUCGCUUGUAAGAUGAAGAAAUCAGAAAAGCCAUUCGGCGGAAUUCAAGUGGUGAUUGCAGGCGAUUUUUUUCAAUUACCACCGGUUUCGAAAGGCAAAGUUUCGUUCGCUUUUAAUGCUUCCAGUUGGUCUGAAUGUAUUCCCAAGACGAUUAAUUUAACUCAAGUAUUUCGACAAAAAGAUUCGACUUUUAUUGAUAUGUUAAAUGAGAUGAGGAUGGGUGAAUUAACGCGCGAUUCGAUCCAAAGAUUUUACAAGUUAUCACGAGAGUUAAACUUUGGAGAUGGGAUCGAGCCUACGGAGUUAUACCCGACGCGGAACGAAGUUGAGCGGUCGAAUGCGACGCGCUUAGCGGCCUUGAAGACGGAAGCGCGAGUAUAUGCGGCGAUCGAUUCAGGGAAAGCGCCACCGGAGCAACGAGCACGGGAUUUAGCGAACAUGAUGGCGGUGCCGAGUUUGACGUUGAAGAAGGAUGCACAAGUGAUGAUGAUCAAGAACCAUGCGGGAGAGGAUGGCCCGGCAUGGUUGGUGAACGGCUUGGUCGGCAAGGUCGUCGACUUCGUCGACCCCGACAUCACCCCCGAUUAUCUCCUCCAUCAACAACGCACGCGCGAAGAAGCCGAAGCCGUCGACCUUUCCGGCAUCUUCUCCGAUGAUGACUCCGAUCUCGAAAUCAAACCCAGGCCGAUCUCCUCUAAACCUUCCGCCUUCCCGCCUCUCAGAGGCGCCGCUAAGAUCGAGGCCGAAGCUAAAGGUCUGCCCACUACUGCCAAUACUUCGACUACUCCUAAAUCAAAUGGUGGCUUGGUCCCGUUGGUCGAAUGGUUCCUCAUGAACGGCAAGCGCGAAUUUACCGUCGUCAAACGGGCCGAAUUCAAGGUCGAGAAUAUGGACGGUGAAGUCCAAUCCCGUCGCUCUCAGCUUCCUCUUAUUCUGGCUUGGGCAAUGUCGAUACAUAAAAGUCAGGGCCAAACUUUACAAAGAGUCAAAGUAGAUCUAGGAAAAGUGUUUGAAAAAGGACAAAUCUAUGUGGCUUUAUCCAGAGCUACUUCGUUGGAAGGUCUUCAAGUACUUCGGUUUGAUCCGAAGAAAGUCAUGGCUCAUCCGGAUGUGAUUCUCUGGAGCAAAAACAAUUUGGUCACUGGCUCGUCCCUGUAAACUAAUCAAACCCCCCUUAAGAUUCAUAUAGCUUUUUUGGUGUCCAUAUUAUCAUCAUAAUAUAGGUUUAAUCCAAUUUUUUUUUUCUUCUUUGAUUGUUAGUUUUCUUUCACGUGGGAUAGUUGUAGUUUGUAUUUCAAAGAUGUGCAUAGGACGUACGAUUUUCUGGGGGGGCUCAAUUGGAAUCCCCUGCAAUACACCAAUACAAAUAGAUGUGCCAAAAAGAAAAAA